GAGUGGGAGGGGCUGGUUUGUAGACUUCCUAUGAUGUCAGAGGUAAGAGGCAAGUUUAUGGUAAUUUAUCGUCCAAGACUCUUUUAUAGGGAAUCGGACAUCCUACCACAAAUCUCUCCAGGUGGUGUGUUGUUGUUGGGUUUUUAAGACUAGGACGAGGGUUAGGAACUGGGCAAAGAAGGACACACACAACCACGCACAAUGAAGACUGUACUGAUAGUACUAGUGUUGGCUCUCUUGUCAGCAGCUUUUGGAGCAAAGCCUAAAACACGUUUUACACGCUACCGCUCAUGGAACUCAGGGAUAUAUCCAGUGUGGAAAGAUGGGGACUCCCGAUACAGAGACUGUUGGAUUGGUGGAGAAGUUACAUUCGAUGUGAAAAAUGAUGCACCCACCCUGACUGGCGCAAAGGCAACCUUUAACAUCGACCUUCGCUUCCCAUCAAACCAGACAGUGCUUCCUGAUGGACAGGUGGUGUGGGCGCGUAACUGCACUGUCAAUGGAACACAGUACCGUCAGGGUCAGGCUGUGUAUCCCGACCAGGUCUCUGGUCCUUCAGGAGAGUACAGCGGAGUCUUUCCUGAUGGCACCCCCUUCACUGGGACCGCAGACAGGAAACCACACUACGUGUUUGUGUGGAAGACAUGGGGACGUUACUGGCAAGUGGCGGAUGGGACCUCCUCCUCUCUCACCAUCGGCACGGACAAUGUGCCCCUGGGCUCUUACAACAUGGAGGUAGUCAUCUACCACUGUCGUGGCAAGGACAAGUUCAUCCCUCUGGGCUACGCCUCCACAACCUUCUCCAUCACAGACCAGAUCCCCUUCGCAGUGUCGCUGACUCAAAUUAAUGAUGUGAACGAGGCUGACCAGAGCUUCAUCCAGAAUCGGGCCAUUGCCUUUAGCAUCAGCCUCCACGACCCCAGCCAGUACCUCAGCGCCUCAGACGUCACCUUUAACUGGGACUUUGGUGACAACAGUGGCACCCUCAUCUCCAGGGAGCACCAGGUCACACAUACAUACCUCAACACCGGCACAUACAGGCCUCAGGUGGUCCUGAUGGCAAGCAUCCCCAACGGCUGUGACACACCUGCAGACCCCACCGCUGCCAGCCCCACUGUGAUGCCUAUGAAUCCCUCCGGUGCUCCUGCCGUUGUUGUGGUGGUCUCUACCCCAAGGGCAGCUCCAGCUGACAUCGCCCUGGAUGUGCCCGCCUCUGACGUUGCCCCUGCUGAGACUGCAGACACAGAUGCAGCUGCAGCCGCAGAGGGAGUCGAGGUGGUUGCCUCAGCAGCAGAUGAUCCAGCCGUCAUCCCAGCAACAGAGGACCCUGCCUCUGUCCCUGCAGUAGAAGCCGAUGCCACAGCAGAAGACACGGCUGCUGCAGCCAUUGAGGUCCCUGCCCCUGUCCCAGCUGUGGAGGGAGCCACAGCUGCCCCCGUCGCCCCAGCAACUGAAGAGGUAGCUGCUGUUGAUGCUGAUGCAGCUGCAGCUGCCGAAACAGCCGUGGUAGAAGCAACGGCUGCAGAUGUGCCUGCCAUCGACGCUGCUCCUUCAGUUGCUCCAGUUGCAGAGGGAGAAGAGGCAACAGUGGACCUGGCGGCCACAGUCCUCCCAGAGGUCCCAGCUGUAGCCACCGUUACACCCGUGGAGGAGGCAACCGCAGUUGCCGAUGCUGAGGUGGUGGCUGAGGUUGCGGCUGCAACAGAGGUGGCCCAGGUCGAGACGGUGGCCCCUGCUGCCAACGUCAUUGUUCCUGCCGCCACGGAGGCUGCAGCUGUGGUGGAGGUGGUGCCAGCUGAACUUGCUCUUGAGGCCGAGGCAGAGCUAGAAGCAGAGGUCGUAGAGACAGUGAUUGAGGUUGCAGCUGAUGCCACUGCAGCGCCAGCAGCAGUGAGUGCUCCAGUGGAGAGUGAGGUAGCAGCAGAGGCUGAGAUAGAGGCAAACACAGAGACACAGGUGGCUCUUGUUGUGGCUAAAAGACAGGCUCCUGAACUUACAGCGGCUGACAACUGUAUGAUAUACCGCUAUGGCUCCUUCUCGACCGCUGUGGACGUUGUCCAGGGUAUUGAGAGUGUGGAGAUCACCCAGGUGGCCAAUGUGGUGUCUCUGGCCACUGAGGUGGUGCAGAAUGCUGUGGACCUGACCAUCACCUGCCAGGGGAGCCUUCCCAAUGAAGUGUGCACCAUCAUCUCGGACGCAGACUGCAUCACACCUGUGGAGACCAUCUGUAACAACGUGACACCCUCCCCAGAUUGUCAGAUGAUCCUUCGCCAGUUCUUCAACGACUCUGGAGUGUUCUGCAUCAACGUGUCCCUGACCAAUGAUGUUAGUCUGGCUGUGGCCAGUGCUAAAGUUAGUGUGACUGUGGGCUCCAACUCCUCCCCAGCAGGCACUGUGGCCGCGGUUCUGGGUGUCAUGGUCCUUGUCUGUGUUGCUGGUGCCAUCGCUUUGACCUACAAGAGGUUUAACCAAUACCGUCCACUGAGGGAGGACUCAACUGGAGGCAUCAUGGGAAGCUCUGGAAACACGUCUGUGCCGAUGCUGCUGUGGAACCUUCUGAGCCGACAGUCACCAGGAGAAAGAAGCCCACUGCUUCAGGGAAGGGUGGUGUGAAAACUCAUAACCAUCUGCACUGAUAAAGCACACACUCAUGCAUGCAUGUUAACACUUAAAUAUCACUCAGACACACACAUCCACUCAGUAAAUCUGAAAUACGCAUAUACAUGUUAACACAUUGCAGACUCAGACACACACAGCCACCCUAAUGCAGAGACAAAAUGCAACAAGAACAAGCAGUUGUAUUCUGUAUUGUUACACUGAAAGAAACUUUAAUAAAAACUAUAAUGUAUUAGAAAUGUAUACGUUUUCAACACAGAACAAAAAAGAAACCCCAAAAGCCAAAAUAAAUGUGUUUGUUUCUGCCGUUGCA